AGCCGGAAAAUAAAAUUUGUUCGUUUUCUUUUUCUGAAGCGUGCGCGGGCGCGGGAGCGGGAGCGGGAGAUAUGGCAGCGCCGGAGAUGGAAUCUGUGAAGUCAUCUGGUUUUUCCGGCGACAUGGAGAAGAAGGAGAUGCCGUUGAACUUCCCGCUUCGGCGCAAGGUUUCAUCUGCUAAGGUAUCGGCGUCAGAUGAGAUCCCCACGCCGGAGAAGUCGGCCCAGCUUCCUCGGCGGGCCAGCAAACGGCGUCUAUUAUUCUCAGUCAGCGAUGUACGUAGUGUCGCCAAGGGCUUGCGGAUGACCGGAAACAAAUCCGCCAAUCCAUCGGAUCUUCCCAGAUCCCAUGGCGAGCUGCAGCGCAAAUCUCAAUCGUCUUCUGAUUCAGCUGCCAGAAAGACCGGGAAGCUUUCAGAAAAUUAUGAGAUGUUGGCAGAGUUCUUCAAUUGCUUGGACAGUUCAGUACAAUUACUUCGGCUGAAAGGAGCGUUGGCCACAUUUACAAACAUCAGUGCUUGCAUACAACAUUUAACAGAGAGGAGGUUUACUUACAGGCAUUUAGCACAAAUGAAACAUAUCUUACCCGAAGCAAUUUCAAUUAAAAAAGUGUUUUUGCAUGACGAGACUACUUGCUGCAUGAAGCCAGAACUUCAAAUCUCUUUGCAAGUAGAUUCAGUGGAAAGCAACCCGGAACUAAAAGGGGAGAGUCCAUAUUCUGCUGUAAGAAAGGUUUUCAGAGACAGGCUUGUCCAAUUCGCUAGAGAACAUCCAGAGGAAGAUGACAUUCCAGAAGAAACACUGCCACAUCCUUUUGGUCGUACAGGCCCAAGCAUGUCAACAGAAUCUAGCAAAUUAGCCCCUUCCAUUCAAACUGGUUCAUUUGCUGUAGCCCAUCCAACAGAAAAUUUAACUAAAGUUUCACACUUUUCUGCAUCUUUCCAAAGGAGGUUUUCUACAAGAAGCACAUGUUUUGAUGAAAUUAAAACUCCUCUUGCUUCCUUCAAUGAUGUUGUCACCAAUGUUGAUUUUCUAGCCUCUAGUUUUUCUUCCCCUGUUAAAUUUUCUUCAAAGCCUCCCAUCCAGAAGAAACCAUUGUUUUUUUCUCCUGCUAAAAGACCUUUGGUGACUCAUGACCAACAAAUUGAAGAGGAUUCAAAAAUGUUGAUCAGUUCCCACAACAACAUUUCAAGUGAAGUAGAAUCUUUAGAAUCCACUCCAGUCAAGGACAUUCCAUCUUCUGCAAGGCUGAUGAUCACAAUGCCAGAUCUUCAGACACCAAAGAGAAGCCGCAUACCCUCAAUUGAUGAUACUCCACAGAAGGUGCUUGUGAAACGGGCAACUCGGACCAAAUUAUUUCCAACUCCAAGAAAGAAUGUGAAGUCAGAUGAUGAAGAUAACUUGUCUAAAAGUUCAUCAGUAGCAGAUGAUGUGCUUGGUUUUCUUCCAGAGUCACUUUUACAAGAUAUAAGGGACAAGGAGAAAAAGGCGAUGGAGGAAAGGGAUGCCAAUGUAGCUGGGGCAACGCUACGGAAGAAGUUGAUUGCAAGUUUGCCUAAACUUUUUAAUGCAAUGCUCCUCAUAUUUCAAUACGGGAACAGAUCUGUAAUUACAAAGCAAGAGCUUGUUCACACGAUUCUUUCUUGUAACUGCAGUGUAACUGAUAGAAAUGAAGUUGAAGAACAGUUGGAGUUAAUGGAAGAAUUGGUUCCAGAUUGGAUAUUUCGAAAGGCAGCAGCUACAGGGGACAUCCUCUACCGUGUGAAUAAAAUGUCAAGCUCCCAGGAGAUUCGACAGAGGAUUGCAGUAGCCGAGUGAAAGAACGCCCUAAUGACAUUUUGC